CGAAGUUCAACACAGAGAGCUUCGGUUUCGAUGCAGAUAUGCCCAGACGGUGCCAACGUGAAAUCCCUCUAUUAAUUUGGGAGCCAGCGCCUGUGAUAUCCUUGGCCAGUCAUGCAUGAACGAGCUCGUGAUUACAGUGUGUCUCGCCAGUUUGAGAGUAUUGUUGAUUUGUCCAGGGAAUACCUUCCAGUGUUUUUUGUGCAUAGAGCUGAUCACAGUUUUUUAAUCUGUGCUCUGUCAGGGUGGUUCACCAUUACGUACUGUCACCAGCAUAUGCCGCUGAGCUGUUAAGUAUGGUGCAGAAAUUUUCAACAGUAUUGUAUCCUUGCAUUAUAACACAGUGUAGUCACCAUUAUACUACCUACAUGUGACCUGUCACAACAACAUGAGAGUAAAGUCCCAUCUCGCUCUUUCCUAUUUUGACGGUUCAAAGUCAUUUUGAAGUGGAGGUUAGUUUUAAGGAUUUGUAAUAUUUGGAAAGAGUAACCAGUCUUCUGUUUAAUUCCUGAUAUUUCACAAGAUCAUAUAUUAAAAUAUCAUUUUCUCAGCAGUUUUGACGAUAGCAUUAUUCUGGCAUGGUGUUAAAUGGUGAAACUAUGUCAGAAACCAAGACGCAAAGCUGCCAGAAUAAUGCCACCUGUCACCUGAUACUUUUACCCAGAGUAUUCCAUGUAUAUACCACUGGAAAGCUCUUUUUCUGCAGAAUUAAAAAAAUACCAAUAUGUCAAUUUUUGAAAAUUGCGACUUUCAGCUCAUUUUGUGGUGACAGGUCACAUAUGACCUUGCCACAGCAAUGAGGUAUAAUGCCCUUGGCAGGGUCCUACGGUCGCUACGUUUGGAUGUUGUGCUUUGCCUACGCACAGUUCAUUGACACCGUGACUGUGGCUGUGACAAACCCAAAAUACACGUAGCAUGGUCUGAGUUGGAGCUCAAAGAGAGUAAAGCCACAGCAUGCAGUAAAUGAAUUGGUCAAGGAGCAGUGCACAGGUGCUAACAGAUUGUCAUGAUGGACCAUUGUGUGUGUGUUACUUGAAUUGAACAUGAAUAUCUCCAGGGCUGUUUGUGUAGUUGGAGACUGUAUGUUCUGGUACCCCCCAGAAAUGCUAUUCAGAUGGGGUCGUUGCACUUUUAAUUGAAGGUGUCAAGUCCUUGCACUUUAGUUUCAGUCAUUAUGUGUACUGUGGUCAAUGAUUCCUGUUUUGGGGGAUGAUGUUUUGAUGUAGGAUUUUUUUCACUCUGUCAGCAGUUCCUUGUAAUUUAAAGUUGUACAUUCACUUUGCCUGUAGAAAGAAAUUGAUAGAAAUUGUACUAGCGGCUGUAUUUUUAUUACAAAACAGGGUUUUUCAAGUCCAACUUCAGUGUUGUACAAAGAGUUUCACGGCUUAUUUUGUAGGUGUAAGUGUACAUCGGGUGCUAUACAUUGGAAAAAAAAGCGUUGGGACAUUUUACCAUGAGUGACAAUGUGAGUUGAAAAAAACGAUACAGAUCUAAAGAAGAAGGGCAUUACAGUACAAAUUGUUGUGUUUCUGAUGUUUGUUUUAACUACAUCCACUGAUUUUGCAAGAGAGACAAAAUUCUUUAUGAUGAAGGUAAAUGUAUGUGUUUCUGAAGCAAAAAAAAACGGUGUCAGAAGUUUAAAGGCCAAAACAGUUUUGCAGUGAGACUCACACAUAAGCAUUGCUAUGGCUGCAUCCAAAUCUGUUGUCUAGAGCUAGGUCUAGGUCUUCACUCCAUCGGAAAUACACAAUGAAACAAUAACAAUAGACCUAGCAGUAGCUCUGGAAGGUCUCCACUGAUUUACAUGCAAUUACGUGCACCAAAUGACCAAUCAAUUAGACGUGUUGUGUCACAAAAUUACCCGACCCACCUGUUGGAUAAUUAUCCCGCCAGCAGUCUUGUGUGUGCUCUGGGUGACAAAUUUUCUAGUAAACUCAUUUUACCCGGGGGGGGGGGCAAAAUCAUUGAGCUGUAUAGUACAAAAAUAUUUGCUAAGCAGAGACAAGUUACCAGCUAAAAGGUCACAUGAUGGGUACUGCUUAUGACCCAUUCCCAGCAUUUCAUCACUUAGCAGAUAUUUCUGCUUCCCAGCUCAGUGAGCUUCAGCUAUGUGUGUCCAGAUUCAAAAUGUCAGCAAAACAGAUAUUCUGAACAACCCGAGGUGGGAUCUGGGGGAUGGGGGCAAUGGGGCUAUCCUCCAACAAAGAAUUUUUUUUUUGAAAAAUUGUGAAAUUUCUCUUUCUUUCUACUGUGCAGAAGAACAGCCAUAAAAUGUUACUUGAAAAAAAAAAUUCCCAAAUUUGUGGCUCCAAUCCCCCCCCCCAUGAAACAGUUUCCCCUGAAAAUUUGGUUUGGAUCUGCCCUUGGAACAACUGAUUAGAUGAGCGUGUGUAGCAUUGGAGGUGAUGAGUCGUGCUUAUCCACAAAGUUUUGCUCAGUGAUGGGUACAUGUACUUUUAUCAGGGUUCCCCGUAAAUGUCACAGGCAUUGCUAGGCAGACAUAGAUGAGUGUGUUGCUAGGCGACUGACUUUAUGACCUUAGCAGCGCCUUGACAAAUAACGGCCUGGAACAAGUGGCUAGAGCACCCUUGUUUGUUGCAGGAAGUGUCACUAAGCAUGAAUCAGGAGAUGAAAUUUUGCAAUAGAGUGUAUUCAUGUAUCGGCCAACUCAAAUUGAAAAUGAGGUUAACUUUUCAUUUGGGGAACCUUUGAGUAAAAAUAAGAGCAAGGAAAUAAAAAUUCAUUACAAAUUAAUGCCGGUUGACAUUUAGAAUAAUUGAAAGUUUGUGAUGCUUCCGUGUGAAUGAGGUCUAUGAAGAAAUGCAUCUCCACACACAUCCCUCAAAAAAGUAAUAGUUUAGACAGUGAACAGUGACUUGAUAAAAAAAAUUCUGUUCAAAUCAUGGCGUUUAUCUUUUUCAUAGUAGAGCAAGUUGACUCUGUUUUAAAGUCGCGUAUACAUUACCUAUGUUUUGAACAACUCUGUCCUUGGGAUGCAUUACACAAACACAUGUCCCCACCCAAAUUGCACUGCAUGUCUGCUCACAAUUAGUUGUGAAACACAGAUAAAGCAGCGGUUUAUCCAAAGUCAUGUGAAUCAUGUUGAGUUUGGGGUGCGUUGUUUGUGUGUGGCUUUGGUUGAAUUUGGAUUGAUUUUCGUACAUCUUACGGCACUCUGUCUAGUUUUCAAAGUUCAGCAUUUCACAUCAGGUUGAGAUUGUCAAGGUACUCCCUUUUUUUCUGUCACAGGCACAAGAUAAGAAAGUAGCAUGCCACUAAGCCAGCAAAACCACUUCCGUCAGUUGUGGACAAAAGAAGGCCACAGCCUGUGAUUUUUUUUAUGAAGAUUAUAUUUUGGACAUGAUGCAGGAGAAAUUACAAGUAGGAGCAAAGCCUUGGUCACUCUGGUGAACUGCAACCUUGGUAAAUUUUACUUGAGGUCAUAUUCAUAUGUCAUCACUCUUUUGAUAUCUAUUCAUAAUAGGAAGGAUAGAGAAACAGCCGUAAAAAUCAUAAUUCAGUGCGUUCUCGUUCUGAUACGCAUUUGAUUUUGUGACCUUCAAAUGGCUAUCUUCAUCAUGCAGACUUUUUUUUUCAAGGUUUUCUUCUGCGGCACUGGAAAAAAAAAAGGAAGUUGCAUUGACUUCCAGGUAUCGAAUUGUUAAGUGUAAUCUGUGAUCUUAGUAAGUCUCACCAAGUUAUUGCCGGGGUUUGACUUGGUUUUGCUCUGAAUGAUAAACAUUGUCAUGGCAACAAAUUCAUCACUCUUGGGAAGGGCUUUUUAUGGGGGGUUGUGUGGGUUUUUUUAGGAGAGGGUAAUUGAAUGUAACAGAUUGCAUAUUGACUGUGAAAUAAAGCAUUGCUUUCAAGACAUUAGAGGCUUCAGCGCAUGAUUGUUAUACUGUUGUGAUGGCGAGUUCCACAGGUGAUACUUCAAGCUGUUAAUUAUUUACGGAUUGGAGCCCUUAAAGUUACUUGUACAACUAAAUUUGGUGAGUGUCAGCCAAGUGCAUGUGCAUUAAGUGGCAUUUUGGCCGGAAACCUUGCUCGGUAUUACACUUCAGCAUGCAGUUUCAGUGGUAAGUGACCUGAAAAUGGGGCUUUUUAGAUAUUGUGCAUUUUCUCAUCCGGUUCAGGACUUGGUGAGACUUAUCUUCUACUACUGUAUGCAAAGCCAUUGAGACCAAACCCAAUUUCAGACAUAGCCAAGCUGUGUAAACCAAUAACUGGCUUUCUGACAGGAAAAGCGUGAACCACAUCCCUUGACAACCAGGCCUUGAUCCACAGUUGCCCCACUAUCAUAUUGAAAACAUUGUCAUAAACGGCACUAUUUGUUUUAAAAUCACCCCACUCAGUGUUAACAUAUUGCUGUGUUAUAAAAAUAGUCUGUCCCCAUGACACAAAGUGAUAGUUAUCAUUGUAAUUACAUACAGACAGAAAAAAUCAAAGAUAAGUGACCAAUUCCAGAGAGGUAAUCACCGCCAAAUCCCUACCUUAACUGAUAACAUCUCCAAUAGAAAGCCUCCUCAACCUUUUAUUUAUUACCAUGCACUCUCAGAAAAUCCUUCGGAUGUCGGAUGGUUGCACGUACAUGUAUGUCAGAUUGUCUUUAUGAUGGACACCUUUAAAGGUGUGAUUUUUUCUCCAUUUGUGCUGCUUGCCUCAUUCUACAUUGGGGUGGCUGAUCCUGUGGUCAAUGUGUCACAGGGGAUGCUGCUGGGAAGAACGGAAAACUUUGUGGAGCGGCUGUACUUAAGGGUUAAUGUAGACAUUGAUGUCUACGAAGGCGUCCCGUACGCUGAGCCACCCAAGCGGUUCAGACCCCCUGAAGAACGCCAUCCUUGGAAUGGUGUGUGGAAUGCCACCUAUGCGCGUAAUCGCUGUGCUCAACCCAUCAUACCUAGCAGUGAAGAUUGCCUCUAUCUCAAUGUCUAUGCACCAGAGAAUGCAAAGCAAGGUGCAGCAGUAAUGGUGUGGUUCCAUGGUGGUGGAUACCAGUAUGGUUUCAGCACAUCGCCAACCUAUGAUCCAAUUGUUCUGGUUGCUCUGGCCAAUGAUAUGAUCUUUGUCUCCGCCAACUAUCGCCUUGGACUGUAUGGAUUUCUUUCAACAGGGGAUGCAGCGUCUCCUGGUAACUAUGGACUAAUGGACCAGCUGGAGGUGUUAAAGUGGGUCAAGAAAAACAUUGCAGUGUUUGGUGGUGAUCCUUCCAGAGUGACCAUAGUCGGGGAAAGCGCAGGGGCUGGUAGUGUGUCAGCCCAUCUGCUGUCCCCCCACAGCAAAGGCUACUUCCACCAAGCGAUCAUGCAGAGUGGUAAUGUCUUGUCUCCGUGGGCCAUUGACUCCAGUCUGAACAGCAAGCGGAGUCUCGUGAUGGCCAAGGACCUGGCGCGUCGUGUCGAGUGCCCGACAGACUCCAACAUAGAGAUGGUGGCCUGUCUCCGUCAAACGCCAGAGAGAACUCUCAACGCUCAAGAGAGACAGUUGCUGUCAGACACAGUCUUCAAUGACCUCCCAUUCAAGCCAGUCAUAGACAAAGACUUCAUCCCGGAUCAGCCCGAGGUUUUGUUGCAGAGGGGCUCCCUCAACCCGGGCAAUCUCCUGAUGGGCUCAAAUCGGGAUGAGGGAACACUUUUUGCAUUGCGAGCUUAUUUGAGGGACUACUUAAAUGCUGAUGAAGCCCCUAAAAUUCCCCUGCGGGAUUUUCGAGAGUUACUUCCAUUGUACACCUACAGCUACAACCGCCCAUUACUGUUGAGUGCUAUGGAGCAGCAGUACCUCGACUGGUCCGUGGCAGAUAACGCAACAGCCGACCACUUUCAGUCGUUUGUGGCUAUUAUGACCGACAUGGCAUUUGCCUGCCCGACGGAUGCCUUCGCGCGGUCAGCCAUAGCGAGCGACAACCGCACUGUCUACAUGUACCACCUGACGCACGUCCCAACAAAGUCUCUAGUCAGCCUUGGUGGGCUGGGGCCCAAGUGGCUAGGUGUGGGCCACGCAGAGGAUAUUCCUUUUCUCUUCAUGUUUGGGCUUAACCCUGAUAGACUUUUCUCUCAGCCAGCGGUAGACAAGCAGCUUGGGAUACAGAUGGCCACUUACUGGACGAACUUCAUCAAGACUGGAAAUCCCGAUGGUAGUUCUUUACCUUCUGCCAAUUCCUGGACCCCGUACUGGCCCCCAGCAUCACCGGUUUACAAGGAGUUGUCCCCUGACAUGAAGAAUGGAAGGUCCCUCAAAGCUAACGAAUGCGCCUUCUGGAACUCUUACAUACCCAAGCUGGCGGCUUUCACAGCCAACAGUACUGCACUGGAGGAGGAAUGGGCCGUAGAAGUCGAUCGAUGGAGGAACCAGGACAUGCCGAGCUGGUUGACAGCUUUCCAGGACUUCAACGAGAGAGAAGAAUUUUUUAUCCGUCGCACCGAACCUCGGACGAAGAUGAAUUUGUGCGUGUUUACUUGCCUGCUGGCCCUGGCCGGCGCUGCGAUGGCCGGGCCACUCAUCCAGACCCGGAAUGGUAGAAUCGAAGGAGUUACGGAAACUUUCAAGGAAGAUAAAUAUCUGAAGGUGGACAAGGAGAUUGACAUCUACAGGGGCAUUCCGUAUGCCGAGCCACCUGUGGGGCACCGACGUUUCCAGCCCCCGGUACCCGUCAACUCCUGGAGUGGUACUCUCAACGCAGCCCGUCACGGCCCUGCCUGCAUCCAAUACUUCAUCUCGUUUAGUGGCAUGGACGAGGACUGCUUGUUCCUCGACGUCUAUCGCCCUCACACCGUAUCCAAGACUGCCGCGGUCAUGGUCUUUAUUCACGGCGGUGCCUUUUUCUUUGGCUACGGGUCAAUGCCGGAAUACUUAGGCCAACCCAUCUCAGCCGUAGGUGAUGUCAUCUAUGUUGCGAUCAACUACCGUCUAGGGCCGUUCGGCUUCCUUUCAACCGGCGACAGCGCGGCUCCUGGUAACGUUGGCUUGCUGGAUCAAGUCUUGGCUCUGAAGUGGGUCAAGGACAACAUUCAAAGAUUUGGCGGAGACCCCGACAACAUCACCAUCUUUGGCGAGAGUGCUGGCGGUGCCAGCGUCAGUUUUCACCUCGUGUCAAAGCACAGCAGAGGUCUCUUCAAACGAGCAAUCAUGCAGAGCGGUACGUCGACGUCGUUCUUUGCCUACCAACGCUCUCUCGACUACGCCAAAAAUCAGGCGAAGGAAGUGGGGUUGAAGGCGGGCUGUCCUACGGGCACCACUGCCGAAAUGAUCUCCUGUUUGCAGGCGUUGCCGGCGAGAGAGUUGCGAUCUGUUGCCUAUAAGGUUGGUUUGGCUUACCUGCCCGUGGUGGAUGGAUCCUUUCUGCACGACAAGCCAGAGAACAUCUUGGCCGCAGGCGACUUCCAGAAACUCGACAUACUGAUUGGGACAAUGCAAGACGAGGGCUCCCUAGUGGCCUUGGUCGAGAACCUCUUUUCUUUCUUCGCUUCCAAGGCCCCGCCCAUGAGCCACGACGAGUUUUUGAAGACUUAUCCUGGCUGGAUCUACAACUACGGUGACGUGGCCAACAAUACCGCUAUGAAACAGGCAAUCGAGACCCGCUACGUCAGCGACAGCCAAGCCGCUGAUCCCGCCUCCGAUUACCUAGAUAACUUCAUCAGGAUCAUGACGGACUACAUCUGGAUAGUCCCCACUGAGGUCACAGCUCAGGCUCACCUACGGGAAGGCAAUAAGGUCUACAUGUACCAGAUGACGCAUACACCAACCGUCUCUAUCUUUCACAUCUUCUUCCUAGGCCCCAAGUGGGUGGGUGCCAUCCACGCGGAUGACCUUCCAUUUGUCUUCGGCAAUGCCUGGAUUCCCAAAGUGUUCUACAAGAGCACAAAACCACUGCCUGAGGAGAGGAUGAUGUCCAACACUAUCAUGAAAUACUGGACCAACUUUGCGAAGACAGGUUCACCCAACGAUGGCGUUGUACCCAACUGGCCGGAGUACAAUCUAGACAAGAAGCAAUACAAGGAUAUCUCCGUCUAUUUUCCGACCAAGAGCGGUGGUAUCCGCCAGGACUACGUAUCCUUUUGGACCAAUGACAUCCCUAAACUCGUCACUCGCUCUGAUGUGAUUUCGGAUCCCACCCGGGGCAUUGAGGCCUUCUUUGAGGUAUUCAACCUGGUAGAGCAGUGUAAGGCCCAGUUCGACGAAAACGGGUUGUACAUACGCCAAGAAAAGAGUGACUCGUGAAAAGUCUAACCUGCCGAUGACAGAAAUUUAAGACAUUUAACGUUCCAUAAAUUUCGAACCGUGUUGCAGUCUAAAUUCUGAGUUAUGUGAAAACACACAGGAAGCUUAAUAGCAAUGAAAACUACUCGAGUUAAAAACAGUACGGGUGAUUCACAAUAGUGCGCCACCAAGAGUUUGCAACA